AUGGCUGGAGAAUGGCUAGCCGGAGCAGCCGUUGAAGAAUGGCACCUUCUCAGAUCUCUUCAGCCACUAUUCGCUCAUCGCGUCGGUCAUAUUCUGGGUCAGAUAGACCAAGAGACUCUAUCAAAUCUUGAAACUAUAUUCGACUUUGAAGUUUGGAUCCUGCCCAAUACGCUGCGAGAGGCUGUGGACAGUGGUCUCAUGCAACAUCUUCCCCAGACUGGUUGGACGGUGCUAGAGUCACUUCUGACCUCUCUGGAAAAGUAUGUAAGCGAACGGGCUCUAUUUUUUGACCAGGGCUCUAAGUCUGUCAACCAGCCUUUUCGCAAGCUUUGGGCAUUAAAAUCAGAACUAGAACGACGGAGUGCGGAUGAUGAGGAAUCACUUCUGGAUCAUUGCCCUCAUCUCUCAAAGCUGGUCUGGACCGGAAUGACAUCUGAAGGGUUACGUGAGAUUACAACGGGCUUAGAGAGCUUCAACAGCACCAUCAGCUACCUCUCCGUUGCAACGCCGGUUGACCGUGAUCCCAAUAAACCUGAAGGAUUUCCUCUUGCAGAACUCUGCGGAACAAUAAAUAGCUCUAGACACAAGCAGCUGCAUAUAAAAUGCUAUGCCUCAACGGCGUCGUACAAGUAUACGGAUGGCGCCACAAUCUUGAAGUCGAACCCUACGAUCACGCUUCAUGACCUCCUGAAGCAGAGAAGCAGUGAUCAGGAAUGCAUGCUUAUGCCGCCAGCCCUAUCUAAGAUGAGGCUGAAGGCUUUGUCUGUGACACUUGCAAAAUCACUGCUAACGCUGUUUGGUAGCCGCUGGCUACAAAGUGGUUGGAAUACUGGUAGUAUCUUCUUCAUGUAUGAUCCUACCACCAACGAGGUCGUUGACAUUACCAAUCCGUACAUCCAAUUCUCAUUCGACUCCAUGAGCUCAGGUGACUUUCCGGCUAACGGCCAACAUUCCUAUAUUCACGUCUUUUCGUUCGGCUUGAUGCUCCUGGAACUAGAGCUUGGCCACCAGAUUGCCAUCACAGCCGAAGAUGAAAACGACGCAGACGAGGAAUACCCACCCGUCUACAUGGCCCUGUUAAGAAUUUUCCACAGCCGGAAGGAUGACCUGGAUGACCCGUAUAUAAGGGAAGUUAUUAACUCCUGUCUCGACUUUGAGAACAGAGUAGAGGGGAUCAAGCACCGUGCGUUUAGCGAUCAUCUGAGACCGAGAGCAGCGCUGCUUCGAUACAUAGUCCAGCCUUUGGUAAAUCGACUUCGCGCAGCUCAUCCUGAUGUAUCCUUUGAUUUAAUUAAUGGCCCGCAGCAGUCCAUUCGCGCGGGUUUUCCGCAUCCUGCCAGCAACCACACAGGACUAUCCAGAGCAAAGGUACAACAUCGUACAUCAACAUUGCAGCAGUUCCCUGGGAACUCGGCCUCGCUCCGAAUGUCAUCGGCGCAGCCUCAUUUCAUACGCUCUCAAUCAGAAUCGGGCCGUCAGAAUGCACUCAACAAACAUGCCACCCUUGUUUCGAACACUGUUUCUGUGGCUGGCCAUGCCCUGAGCGCAUCGAAGAAGCCCAAGAAUGACCACCCGAGAUCAACGGAAAUGGCUAUUAGCUUGUUUGAUGAAAGGACAGAGCUGAUUUCCGAGACUGAUAAAAGCGUUCGACUCGCCAGCACGUUCUUUGACCUUUUUGAGAAGUUUCGCCGGCACAUGCAACCAGCACAUGGCAGAUGCCGUGUCAAAAUUGCUGUUUUGGACACGGGGAUAGACACGGCCCAGUGUGGAUUGCAGCUGAGGAGAGAAGCCAUCAUAACUGACCGAGAAACAGCAGAGCCAUCCGUCAACGGAGAUCCUGUCAAAGCCACACGGUCAUUUAUUGGCCCUCCGGACGACACCAACGAUGUCUGUAGCCACGGAACUCACAUUGCCGAGAUUCUUCUCAGGCUGGCUCCCGAAGCGGACUUGUAUAUCGCCAAAAUUUCCAACUACCUGCAUGUGGACAAGGUGGACCAGAUCGCCGAGGCUGUAAACUGGGCACUCGAACACGGCUGCGACAUUAUUAGCAUGUCUUUCGGCAUGAACCCCUCCUUGGUUCCCGAGGCAAGCCUCUUCAAUGUCCAGAACGCCAUCCACCGUGCUGCCACUGCUCGCAAAAUCAUGUUCGCCGCCGCCUCAAAUUGCGGUGGCAACGGUCCGCGGGCGUAUCCGGCGAGCGACCCCAGCGUCAUCUGCACUCACGCUGCGGACGGAAACGGCUACGACGGCGGCAUCAACCCACCCAAGGGCGACCACGCAGACUACUUCAGCACGCUUGGAAUGGCCAUCGGGUGCAUCUGGGACGAACGGUGUGUAUACAAGUCCGGGACGUCGUUUGCUACGCCUGUCGCCGCGGCCAUUGCGGCUAAUGUUCUCGACUACGCGGCAUACUCGGUCGCCGCGGGCAAGCUGACGGACCAGCGGUAUCGCGAGCUGCGUCAGAGUCAAGGCAUGAAGAAGGCGUUUACCAAGUUCCUGUCGGUGCAGAUGCAGCAUUAUCGGUACGUUGCGCCGUGGCACUUUUGGAAGACGGGAGUCACGGACGACUACAUAUGGCAGCGACUCAAGGUCGACUUGACUCCGUGA